AUGGAUGUAUAAAGAUCGUUUCAAAUUCAUUUCGACAAAGUUCCUUCUAGUAAACUACAAUCAUUCCUCAGAACUUAUGCUUUUCAUAAUAAAGAGGUUGGAUAUUGUUAAGGAAUGAAUUAUAUUGUAGGAUAUUUGUAUUUGACAUUUGAAGAUGAGGAAGUAACCUAUAUAGCAUUCGAUUAUAUUAUGAAUAACUACUUUUCGUAAUAUUUUGAAAAUGAAUUUGAGAUGCUGAAAAAAGUAUUCUACUAAUAUGAGAGAUUGUUAUUCUUAUUUUUACCUAAUUUGUAUCAUCAUUUUAAAAAAUAAAAAGUCGAUGCAUCUUAUUAUUUAACUGCAUGGGUUAUAACUGUUUUUAGUCAGGUAUAUCAGUUUACAUUACAAUCAGCAUUACUAAAUAUUGUAUGGGAUAUAUUCAUCAUUUAAUAAUGGAAAGGAUUUUACAAAUGCGUCUUAUUUUUGUUGUAUUUUUAUUAAAAAGAACUACUAUAAUUAGAAUUUGAUCAGAUUCUCCAUUUUUUGAGUGAGAUCAUAAAAAAUGAAUUGUUUAGUCUUAAAACGGAGUUAUAAGUUUAAGAAUAUAUUUGUACUAAGUUAAAGAUUCCCUCAAAACCUCUAAAAGGAAUAAUCACAAAUUAAUUUAAUGUUACAAAUAGUUUAUUGUAAUAAUUGGAAUAGGAAUUCAAUUGCUUUUCAACAAACUUAGAAUCAUAAUUAAAAUAAUUUAAAUAUAAAUGA